AUGAACGUUCAACCUUUCUCAACUAGCAAACCUGUUGAACGAGGCAUUCAACAGCUCUCGAAAAUCGAAAACUAUGACUCGAGUACAUACAAGACACUUGCAUUUUACAAGUUUCACAAGUUUACGAAACCUGAAUUAGAAGCCUUUCGUACCCAAUUAUUGACCGAUCUUGGUGAAUUUGGCAUUGUGGGCCGAAUUUAUAUUUCGACCGAAGGUGUCAAUGCACAAAUUGCCUGUCCCGAGGAAUGUUUAGAAAAACUCGAAGAAUAUCGCAAGAAUGUGUUGAAUCCCAUGUUUGACAACAACUUGAUGGAAUUAAAUAUCGGUACUGAGCAUGGUAAGCGUUCUUUCCGUGCCUUGCAUGUUCGUAUUCGUAAACAGCUUAUUGUGGAUGGAUUGGAUUCUAGCACCUAUGAUUUAGAUAAUGAACCAUCCCACUUAUCACCUGCAGAAUGGCAUGAAAGAUUAAGCACAUAUGAGACACAGCACGGGGAGAAACCUAUUUUGAUCGACAUGCGUAAUCAUUACGAGAGCAAGAUUGGAUAUUUCGAUGGUGCGAUCUGUCCUGAUGCCGAUACUUACAAGGACAGUAUUGACGCUAUGAACGAAAUUUGUGAAAAUUUACCUCGCGAUCAAGAAAUCUUCAUGUAUUGUACUGGCGGUAUUCGUUGUACCAAAGCAGGCGCUAUUCUUCAGUCGGCCUCCAAGUUUAAUACAGUGCAUUUGGUAGAAGGAGGCAUCACUUCUUAUGGAAGAUGGGUUUCAGAACAAGAAGAUAAAGAAUCUUUGUUUCGCGGAAAGAAUUUUACCUUUGAUGCUCGUAUGGGAGAAAAGAUUACAGAUGAGGUCAUUGAACAUUUUGAACCCUCUGGCGCUGUCAUGGUAGAUGGCGUACGUGUCUUUAUGAAGCAAGGUGAAAAGGAUAUGGAUGCCAGUUCCAAACGUGUCGUGAUUGGUAAAAAAGGUGUUCGCUGUGACCAUGAACACACACGUCGUACACGUGCAAUUGAAAUCUUGGGACAACCUGGUGAGAUCCUGAAAGAAUGGGCCAAGGCGGGUAGAGAUCUCCCACCUAAGCCUGUUCAAUUGUAA